CGACCGUCACUCGCUGCGCUUCCGUUGCCCAUGACACCGGAACGAAGUUCUGACAGCUGAUUCUCCAGUCAGUUUAAAUCCUCUCCGAGACCCCAAAUAAUAAUUUUAGAAGUUAUUUCCAGUCGGACGCUCCUCCUACAAUCUCCGGCUUGAGUUGCAGACAGCGAGCAGAGGAGGGCAGCUGAUUAUGGUGUAGCACGGAGCGCUAGCUCUGAGACAGCAGGCAUUUGAGCAGAGGUGCGGUGCAGCACAGGGCAGCGUGGGGCAGAUCACAGCAGAGCAGCCAUGCUUACAUUAGCCAGAAAGCUGAAGAGGGACGAUGGAGGAAAGACGGGCCGUGCCUCCGGAGCCUCCGACUCCACCCACAGGGUCUCCAUCAGGGACCGCCUCCUUACCAAAGAAGUUGCAGAACUUGAAGCCAAUCUCCCUAGUACAUGCAAAGCCAGUUUCCCAGAUGAGGACAAGCUGCAUCAUUUUCAGCUGGCAGUGUCUCCUGAUGAGGGUUACUACCAAAGUGGAAGGUUUCAGUUUGAAAUAGAUGUCCCUGAAGCCUAUAACAUGGUGCCUCCUAAAGUGAGAUGUCUGACCAGAAUAUGGCAUCCUAACAUCACAGAAAAUGGAGAGAUCUGUUUAAGCUUAUUACGGGAACACUCUAUUGACGGCACAGGCUGGGCCCCCACCAGAACAUUAAAGGACGUAGUCUGGGGAUUGAACUCCUUGUUUACUGACCUGUUGAACUUUGACGACCCGUUGAACAUCGAUGCAGCAGAACAUCAUCUGAGAGACAAGGAGGAUUUUCGGAAUAAGGUUCAAGAUUACAUCAAGCACUACGCCAGAUGAUAGAAGCAUCGGCUACCUCCAUCAGCCUGCACCAACCAACCUAACUGCUCUACCUUGCCUCUGCUUAUCUUGGCUCACUCCCCAACGUGUGUGAAUCAACAGCUGACUCUUUGACUCUUACCACUCUCCCUCCUCUCGACAACACAGCCCUCACCCAUGCCCUGCUGUUCACCUUACUGCAAUAAACUCCACACUGCGGGAGCAAAAUAAAAAUAAAAAAAAGAGAGAGAAAAAAAAAAAGAAAUGCCUUUCAGGAAGGGCUUGCAUACAAAAGAAAAAUAUGCUUUGAUGAUCCUAAUCGAUUAAGUGUAACAAUGACCACAAUGUCAGCUCAUUGUGGCAAGAUCACUGAAUGAUCCCUCCGCUGAGGUAUCCCUGAGCCUGUCAGAAAUGAUCCAUGGUAACCAACGGCGUGGGAUUUGAUGUGGCGAAUCUCCGGCAGGGGGGAAUGGAGGUCACAUUAAGCUUUUUAAAAUUUGAUGAAUCAAGAGAAAGAAUAUCUGUUACUAUCAGCUCUCUGUUCCAGUGCCUGCCAUGUUUGUGUCGCUAAAGAGAAAAUGCAUGUGAGUUCACAAACAUACAUACAGACACACACACACAGUGCCACAUCCUGUAGUAAAAGGUACACGAACAUACUGCACAUUUGUCUAUUACACUCUGACACACACAAGUUGGAAAGCCUACAGCCCCACUAGACAGCAUGCGAAUGAACACAUUUCUCCCGUUCUGUUGUCAUUCUCCUUGCAUGUGCACAGCUUCACAUACACACAGAUACAAAACUCACAUACAGACCUUGUGUGUGUUUUAAGCUCCAGUGGGAUGAAGUACGACUAAGAAAACCACAGCCAAAUGUAUUGUACUGUUGUCAGCUUCACCUCCUCUCAGUGCCCCUGGUCUUCCUCUCCUGGCUGUCCUGUUUUUUUCACACACAAACAGAUGUACCUUUUUUCCCAUUGAGGAUGGAGAGGUUUAUUUGUAAUUGCAGUACAGUGCAGUCAGAAAGUACCAUGACAAUGACACAUUUUUGGAGUUCUCUCAGUACUUCAGCACAGUGGGUUCAAAAUGAAACGGUGACUAAGAGUUUAAAGCACAGUUUUAGAUUUAUUUUUGCACCCAUAACAAAUAAACACUGUAGCUCAUUUUCUAUGUCAUCCCCCAGGCUUAAUAGACAAAAUGUUAUUGAACAUGUGAACAUAAACUUAAAGUGGCGAUCAUCAAAAUGAAAGGGGUCGCUAAUAAUGAUGAGCCCACAGAGAAUUCUAACCUGAAUCUGCAGCUUCCCACGGCGCUUUAUAGCGAGUUUCAGCACAUUGUUUAGCUGUCCGACUCACAAGUUAACUGCUUUGAUUCACUCUCAAUGCUCUAAUUACAGUGUUUUCAUCAAAGAAGCUCGUGACACCCACUGCAAACUGCUUGUUCUGCACCAAACACAGACUAGCUAAUGAAAAAAGUGGAGUAUUUACAGCUAAACAGCCAGAUAUUUCUCUUGUUGGUGGAGACCAAAAGUUAAACAAAAAGAGUGAGUGAUUAUUGGACUUGCAUUAAUCAGGUGGACAGAAACUCGACCUUAAAUAAAUGAUAAUGUUGCUCCAUAACUACUGGAUGCCAUAUCAACUUAAAAGGUGGUAUGUCAGUGUUUCCACUGCCCCCAAGUGGACCAAAAGUCUGAUAUAAGUCUGUGGCCCACACACAUCAGCAGUCAUUUGGUUUCUUGCCAUGAAGCACAUGUUCAGUUGGAUUGGUGUGAAGUGCUUGGACUGACUGCUGAUAGUCACACUACUGUGUGGCCAUAAGUACUUGUUCUGUAUGUUCAGCACCUAAAAUAUGGGGAUAUGGUAUAAAAAGACCUAUGAGUCCUACACUGUUCACCUAACAUGUGGGUGAACAGCUUAAAAUACCCUUAAAGCUGGAAGUCAGCACUUCAUUGUCACUGUGCUGCAGUACGGAGUAAAAGACAUUUUACUGUCCCAAGACUUUAUGACUGCAUCGCAUGUACCCUGUCAUUGUGGUUGCUGCGGGAGACUUCCCAAGCGAACAUGUAGUGUGUCUUUCUCUAGAAGGACAGUACUCCAUUCUCUCUUUCUCUUUGUGUGUAUGGACGGUCUGGAUGUGUUUGGAGGAUUCAAUUACACAGGUUCAUAAAGGCAGUAAGAUAGCAAGCUAACUAGCUAGCGAACACGCUAGUGAGGUAACAUGCUAGCGAGAGAGUUUACUAGCCAGCUAGCUAACAAGUGAUGGUUUUCACUGUAGGAGGGGCUCUUCAGGGACCUUUCAUCAGGUAUGUGUGGUUCAUGAACUCUUUACACUGUUAAUGUCGGGCUAGGUUACAGUCAAAAAGAUACCUUUCAUGCCAUUGGAGGCGUUGUCCUUGUUGCACUUUUGACAGGUUUGGAGGACAUUUAGUAAAAAAGAUAACAUUGCCAACUGGCUACUGAGUGAGCAUACUUGCCAGUGGAUUAGCUUGCUUGUUACAAUGUUCAUGAGCUAACUCUUUGUUGCUACUUGGUUCGCUAGUGAACUGAUAGGUGCUGCUAUUCCACUGCUGAAUUGACUGGAGUAGACGAUGAGGUGCACUGCUCUGGUGGUUCUGAGCUCACCAGAUAACAUCAAACUGUCUUUAUGAACCUCUGCUGCUGUGGAUUUUGGCCAUAAAAUGCAUGUUCAUUUUGUGUGUGUGUUUGAGAGAGAAAGAAGGAGAGACUGUCCCUCAAUUAGCCAAUGAGGGUGUGGUGUGCGUAUGUUUGUGUGUGUGUUUUGCUCGGACCUGGCUAGCGCUGUGCCUCCAGUUUGAGUGGUAUCACUGAACACCAAGACUGUUCACACUCCAUUCAGCUUUGUGUUGACAAGUCUGCAUGAGGCAAAGUUUAUGUGAUCAGCCAGUGGUGCAUUUUACUAAGGAUGGCAGAAAUGUAGUUGUUGAAGAGUGAAAUUUUGUUCUUGUUGAGUGUGUGUGUGUGAGCGCAUUUGUGUGGGCCGUUUAUAGUAUGACGUGUUGAAAUUAUGUGACCUGUUAGCAUGCUGUGGUUCCCUCUUUGCCCCCUUUCUUUUUGUUAUUCUGGCCCUGGGUUCAACAGUUAAAUUGUUUUCCUAGUGAAAGAAACCAGAACAGAACAGACAACACUGGCUUCUGCCAAAAUAAAGGACCUGAGAAUAUGAUAAAUACCAGGUCCAUUGAAAGUUAAAUGUGAAUGUGGGUGUUCCAUGACAUUUUCCAGCAAGGUUUUGGUCCACUCAAACCUUGAAGGCUAAUGUAAGUGCCUAUUAGUACGAAGCCAUCCCGUGUAAUUGCCGUGGCAGUUAAUUUUCAUGGUGGUUGCCACCAGGAUAGGGUAACCCAAUACUCUCUACUUACUCUAAGCCUUACUAAUACUCUGACUUUAGCUUCCUGUCGGAAACCUAUGUCCUUUAGUUUGGCAGUUGGCAGUGUUUGGGGAAACCCAGGAUGAAAAUGUCUCUGCUUGGGCUAACUCCAUCUUUGGGGAGAGAAGGAGAGAAGAUUAACAACUUCAAAUCCUCAACCUUUUCUUUCUCAGAUUGUAUAUUCAUUUUUUAAGAUAUAUUAAAGAGAAUAUAAAUAAAAA